CAAAGAAGUAAGAAGGAAAAAAAUAUAAGAACUGAUCAACACUAUAUUCUGAAGAAAUGUCUAAACUCUACAUGUGCACGUUGCAUUUUUGUUUUAAACUGUAGACAUGGGAUGUAGAGCUGGAAAGGUCUGCAGAAUCCUGGGCGGAAACAUGUAUGUGGGAACAUGGGCCUGCAAGCUUGCUUCCAUCAAUUGGGCAGAACUUGGGAGCACACUGGGGAAGAUAUAGGCCCCCAACGUUUCAUGUACAGGCAUGGUAUGAUGAAGUGAGAGAUUUUACUUAUCCAUAUGAACAUGAAUGCAACCCAUAUUGUCCAUUCAGAUGUUCUGGACCUGUGUGUACUCAUUAUACACAGGUGGUGUGGGCAACCAGUAGCAGAAUAGGCUGUGCCAUUAAUUUGUGUCAUAACAUGAACAUCUGGGGGCAGAUAUGGCCCAAAGCUGUCUACUUGGUGUGCAAUUACUCCCCAAAGGGAAACUGGUGGGGCCAUGCUCCUUAUAAACAUGGACGACCCUGUUCUGCUUGCCCGCCUAGUUUUGGAGGGGGCUGUAGAGAAAAUCUAUGCUACAAAGAAGGGUCAGAUAGGUAUUAUCCUCCUCGAGAAGAAGAAACAAAUGAAAUCGAACGUCAGCAGUCGCAAGUUCAUGACACCCACGUUCGGACAAGAUCAGAUGAUAGUAACAGAAACGAAGUAAUAAGCACCCAGCAAAUGUCCCAAAUUGUUUCUUGUGAAGUAAGAUUAAGAGAUCAGUGCAAAGGAACAACCUGCAAUAGGUAUGAAUGUCCUGCUGGCUGUUUGGAUAGUAAAGCUAAAGUUAUUGGCAGUGUCCAUUAUGAAAUGCAAUCCAGCAUCUGUAGAGCUGCAAUUCAUUAUGGUAUAAUAGACAAUGAUGGUGGUUGGGUCGAUAUCACUAGACAAGGAAGAAAACAUUAUUUCAUCAAAUCCAAUAGAAAUGGCAUUCAAACAAUUGGCAAAUAUCAGUCUGCUAAUUCCUUCACAGUCUCUAAAGUAACAGUUCAAGCUGUGACUUGUGAAACAACUGUGGAACAGCUCUGUCCAUUUCAUAAGCCUGCUUCACAUUGCCCAAGAGUAUACUGUCCUCGUAACUGUAUGCAAGCAAAUCCACAUUAUGCUCGUGUCAUUGGAACUCGAGUUUACUCUGAUCUGUCCAGUAUCUGCAGAGCAGCAGUACAUGCUGGGGUGGUUCGGAAUCAUGGUGGUUAUGUUGAUGUUAUGCCUGUGGACAAAAGAAAGACUUACAUCGCUUCUUUUCAGAAUGGAAUCUUCUCAGAAAGUUUACAGAAUCCUCCGGGAGGAAAGGCAUUCAGAGUAUUUGCUGUUGUGUGAAGUGAAACACUUGGAAGAGGAUCAUAAAAACUAUUCCAAAUGCCAUGUUUCUGAAGUUUGUAUAAAACUGUAACAUUACUGUACAGAAGAUAUCGACUAUUUUCAGCCCAAAAAGUGCCAAAUGCAUAUAAAUCUUAAUAGACAAAGUCUAUGGAAUAAAACAUGGGACAUUAGCUUUGGGAAAAGUAAUGAAAAUGUAAUGGUUUUAGAAAUCCUGUGUUAAAUAUUGCUAUAUUUUCUUAGCAGUUAUUUCUACAGUUAAUUACAUAUUCAUGAUUGUUCUACAUUUCAUAUAUUAUAUGGUGCUUUGUGUAUGCCACUAAUAAAAUGAAUCUAAACAUUGAAUGUGAAUGUCCCUCAGAAAAUCAUCUGGUGCAUUUAAAAAAUAGUCAACUCUAAAGCUGAAAGAAACCUUAUAAUCACAUUUUCCCCAGUCUAGUGUUAUGCCAUUACGUACUCCAAGUAGUCUCAAACUAUUUUCCACUUAAUACCUGUACAGUUUUUUCUUUUGUUAAGUUUAGUCAUAUAGAAUAUUAAGUUCUGAUAUUGCACUUCUUGUUUUGUAUAAAAUAAUCCUUUAAUAUCCAAAUGAAUCUGUUAACAUGUUUGAUUCCUUGGGAAUGGUCUUAAUUAGUCAAGAGUUAGCGGUAUGAAAACAUUCCUGGUGAUCGUGUAGUAAAUAUAGGGUUAAGCCUGGGCAGCCAGCGCUUUCUAUGUAUUGUUAAAAUUGAGGUCACAUAUUUCCUUUUGUAUCCUGGCAAAUACUCCUGCAGGCCAGGAAGUAUAAUAGCAAAAAGUUUAACAAAGAUGAGUAAAUGUAUUACAUCACCAUUGCCACUGAUUUUCUUAAUGGUAAAUGGCCUUGUGUAUAAAUGUUGCCAUAUUAUGGUACCUAUAGUGGUGAUAUAUUUGUUUCUAUGAAAAAUGUAUUGUGCUUUGAGACUAAAAAAUCUGUAAAAUGUUACUUUUGGUAAUUUUUUUUUGUCUGCUGGUGAAUUUAUUCUUUUCCUAUAAACAUAUUAAAAUGAGUCAUGUUUCCAAGUCUUA